GGUGGUAGCGAGAGAGUGAGGGGAGUGGGCGGGAUAUAAUUACAUAAGCGGAACAUAAAUAAUUCGCGGGAAAGUAGAAGGGGAGGAAGAUGGCGCUAUGCAGAAGUGACCCGAGCCCGGGAGGCGCCUGAUACCGCCGGAGGCACCGAGCCCAGAGACCCUUUGGGGGUGAUGGAGAAGGGUGGCUUGGAGUCAGCUGGGCAAGAUGUCUACACCAACUGUGGCCACAUACCGCAGCCAGGCAGGGACACCUUCAGGCAUGGAUGCUCUGAGCUUAUGGUCUCUCAGGCUGAAGGACAGUACGUGCUGUGUCGCUGGACAGACGGACUCUACUACCUGGGCAAAAUAAAGAGGGUAAGCAGCUCCAAGCAAAGCUGUCUCGUCACAUUUGAAGACAAUUCGAAAUACUGGGUUCUCUUUAAAGAUAUUCAACAUGCUGGGGUCCCUGGGGAACAGCCGAAGUGUAACGUCUGCACAGGCAAAACAUCCCUUCCUCUGAAUGAAAUUCUCAUCUGUGGGAAGUGUGGUUUGGGUUAUCACCAGAAGUGUCACAUUCCUGUUGUGGACAGCGGUGAGAACAGCCACCUGGAGCCGUGGUUCUGUAGAAGGUGUAUCUUUGUUCUUGCUGUCAGAAAAGGAGGAGCACUGAAGAAAGGUCCGAUUGCAAAAGCACUGCAGGCAGCAAAAAUGUACCUGACGUACAGCCCUGAUGAACUGGACUGGGACUCGCCACACAGAACUAACCAGCAACAGUGCUACUGUUACUGCGGGGGCCCCGGAGAAUGGUACCUUAAGAUGAUACAGUGUUACAGAUGCCGACAGUGGUUCCAUGAAGCAUGUAUGCAGUGCCUUAAUGAGCCCAUGAUGUUUGGAGACAGGUUUUAUAUAUUUCUUUGCUCCGUCUGCAAUCAAGGCUCUGAAUUCAACAAGCGACUGCCUUUGAGAUGGGUGGAUAUCGUCCAUCUAGCCUUAUACAACCUGGGCGUGCUCAGCAAAAAGAAAUACUUUGACUUUGAAGAGAUCCUGACAUUUGUGAAUGACAACUGGGAUCACUUGCAGCUUGGAAAGAUUGCCACCACCCUUGUAGAAGAACGAGCACAUCACCUUCUGGACGCCUUAAAUAGUUAUAAAAGCAGAUUUCUUUGUGGCAAGGAAAUCAAAAGGAAGAAAUGCAUAUUCCGCCUAAGAAUCCGCGUUCCCCCUAGCCCUCCUGGCAAACUGCUACCGGAUAAAGUAGCCUGGACCACGGAUAACCGGUCGUCUGAGCUUAAGAAAGGGAGGAGCAAGUAUUCUCAUAAAAACAGCUUACCUGAGUGUCAGAGGCAGCGACAGAGAGGUAUUCGGAGGAAACAGUCAAAGUUCCUUCUGGAGGAUGCGAUUCCCAGCAGUGACUUCACAUCUGCCUGGAGCACAAACCAUCAUCUGGCCAGCAUAUUCGACUUUACUCUAGAUGAAAUUCAGAGCCUGAAAAGUGCGAGCUCAGGGCAGAACUUUACCUCGGAUCUGGAUUCUAACGAUGCAGCAAGCACUUCUGGAUCUGCCAGCACCAGCCUGUCUUAUGAGUCACGAGGGAACGUAGGGAGCCGGAAGAGGAAAUUGACAUCCAAAAAGUACACGUCUUUCGAAUCAAAGAGAAGAGCCUUGGACCGCACUGGGAGGCUAAACGGCUGUGAGACAGAAGCUGCUGAGUACACCAGGGCGUCUGAUUAUCAAGACAACAGCGUAGACAGCCACACCUUCGACAGCCUUAGCGAAAAUGAUAGCUCGCUCUCCCAUCUGAAAUCCUCCAUCACCAGCUACUUUGGAGCUGCUGGGAGAUUAGCGUGCGGAGAGAAGUACCAGGUUCUGGCACGCCGGGUUACCCUGGAAGGCAAGGUCCAAUAUCUGGUGGAGUGGGAAGGCACCACUCCCUACUGACCGAAAGCAACUAGUCUAUGUGCUUGUGUAUGUGACCAAAGGAAAAACGUUGAGGCAUGUUUAUAAUAUACUGAGCAGGACUCUAGAAUUUUAGUAUAGUGAUAUACUGUAGGUAGGUAGGAUGGAAAGUCUUGGGAAAGAGUUGUAGGUGUUUUAAAGACUUAUAUUGGAGAUUUUAUGACUAUGGCAUUCUUGCUGUGGUAGGCAGAAAAAAACACUUCGCAGGGUUCAGUGUUGCCUUUAGUGUUUGACUGACACAAUUAUCUUCAAUCUCAAACACGCUCCGAUUGAUUGUUAUUGGCCAGCUCUGUGUAUGUAGUGAAGCAGACGGUGUUGUUGUCAUUUGAGACACUAUAUAAGAGGUAAGAAUUGUGUUUCUCCCUGUUAAAAAGCCACCAGCCUACUCUGGGCUCUAAAUUACAAAGCCAAAGAUUAGUAUAUAUAAAUGAUAGUGUUAAUUUUUAAUCCCCUUAUGUUGCAAUAUGUUAUUGAAUGAUUUCUUCCCCAAAAUGGGAGGAUUUGAUCAGCAAAUACAAAUCUACCGUUAAUAUUCAUGAGGUCUUAAGUCCAAGAACUAUGCCACUCAUGACUAGGUGAACCCCAUUGUUUUCAGUGGGAUAGGUAGAUGCCCCCCUCAGGGCCAGAACUAGGGGUAGGCAGAAAAGACUCUUUCUGCCUCCUUAUUUCUGGACUUGCACUUGGUUUCAGCCAUUGGUACGUUUGGAGUUGCUGCCGGGUUGGGAAAUGCCUGGUGGAGAGGAGCAGAGGAAUCAUGGGGGACAGUUUGCCUUGGGAGCCCUCCACUGAUGGCUGACACUAACUCCCUUGUGCCCUUUUACAGCACUUCCGCACCUGUUAAUAUUCCAUACAACCCCUUUCUACACAAGCACAGGGACAAAAUUUUGUCUAAGCCUUCUCCCAGGGGAAAACUUCUAUUUGUGAAAACCCGUGACCAAAAAAAAAAACUGUAAAAAAAAAUGACCCUUUUCCCUCCUUUGUGGUGAAUGUAAAAUGUUCUAGAGCAGUGGUUCCAUUCUACAAUCAGAAAAAGCUUGGAUAAAGAGAUUCUUGAUGGCACUUUGUCUCUUCCCUAAGUAUUUAGUUAACCCUUUGAACUAGCACUUAAAAGUUUGUGUUUUGUUUGAAUGCAAACCAAAAAUUAAUUUCCUUCGAUAGAGCAAUUUAAUUGCAAAGAGUCCUUAUUUGGAAGCAGUUCUUAACUGACAUGGAAUUCAUUUAAUGUUUCAGUUGCUUCAUCAUAAAAUGCUAGAAAAUGUUACGUGCCAGGAAGCAACAUGUACAAUAGAAUAUUCACUAGGGCAGACAUCAACAAAAUCUUUCCAAACACCUCUAUGAAAACUGAUGCCCAGGGCACCAAUACAUAUGCUUUAGAAUUAGGACAUGCUUUAUUAUAAUAAUAAUAAUUGUUUUUUAAGGAUACAUUGAAUCCAGGAUUCGGUUCGGAAUUUGGCCGUAUAUGUGCCUUUUUUUAAUCAGGAUUCAGCCAAAUCCAGUGUGAAAGAUUUGGGAUUCGGCCAAAUCCGAAAAAGGAAGAUUUCAGUGCAUCCCUACUGGUUUUUAAGCCCCAUAGGUUUUAGUAACAAAGUUCUAAGCCAUUAAAAUAAAAGCACCUUAAAUAGUGAGCGUUGGACCCAGACUUCCCAACACACGUAGGGUUGGGAUACUGGUCUAAUGAAGAGUAGUUCGUGACAGUGAGAGAUGACCUUAUGGAGGGGUGGCUUUAGAGAAAGGGGAGAUUGUCAUAGUGUGUCACCCCUCUUUAGCCAGAACUAGGGCGAAGCAGUAACGGUGAUAGGGUCAAUCAAAACGUAUAGGACCCAUGGGUUACUCAGAUUUGAAGAGUUCAGGCUGGCCUGAGCAUCAUUACUGCCUGCCCUUCGGCUCAGAACGGGCCUUUCUUUAAUGCCAGUGUAAGAGCUUCCUGCCCAUGUUCCACGUCAGCACUCUGAUCUAUUUCGGCCUCAACCAUAGUUACAUUAAGCUCACAAAGGCUACUGCAAUCUAGUUGGUGAGCUUGAUUUUUCUCCUUGGAUUUGCAGAACUGCAAAUUGGCAACAUUAUAAACCUUUAGCACAAUGGAAAUAGCCAUAAUGAGGCAAUGCCAAAUGUUUGUUUUAUUUUUUAAGACUUUAUAUUUUCAAGGUUCUGUACAGACAGUGACCCUUGGAAUGUAAAAGUAAAAAAAAAAAUUCAAAAACCCCCCAAGAAAUCAAGAUCAUUUACAAAUUGUCUUAAAAAUAACUUUAAAAUGUGUCCAUCUUAUGAAAAUUUUAAGUAGGGAUGCACCAAAUCCAUCGUUUUUUUGAUUGGGCGAAAUGUUUUUGGAAAAACCUUGCCAAAUUCAGUGCAUCCCUACAUUUAAGGUGGAUUCCAAAUUGAAAACCUAGGCUUUGCUGUGCCUUUCUCCAUUUCAAGGUGGAGCCGGCAGGAUCAGUUUCAGAUGAAUAAGACCGAAUCUUUGAUGACUUAUUGGGGAAUGUAAUAGAAAGUUGUUAAUGGGGAAAAAAUAUAUAUAUAUUUUUUCCUUUUGUGUGUUAGAGACCUUCUAUAAUUUUUUUAACAAAGAUAUAUACAUUUCUUAUACGUGACUAUAUACUAAAUACUUAUAAAUAUGUGAGCAUGAGUGUACACUUAAAUAUAGAUCUAUAUAUGAACACGCAUGCAUUUUAAAGGGGAGGCUUGGUUUCUUUUAAUGUUACUUAGCGCAUAGUAAAAAAUUGGGAUUAUUUUUUACUAUUUUAAUAGGAAAGAAAUGUAUUAGAAGAGGCGCCUAAACUACAUUUAAGCCCGAUCA